ACUUCACCUGAUUCCUGAUUUUGAUUAUUUCUGAAAACUGUAUGUGGUGAAAGUUUAAGAAAAUUGAUAUUCACUGCAAAGAUGAUUGUCAAUAACAUUCUUCGUAUUGCGAAAAGAUCAAAAAGUAUAUGCCCCCAACUGGGUUUUGUUCUUCAAAAACAUACAUUACCUGAUCUGUCCUAUGAUUAUGGAGCAUUGGAGCCUACUAUUUCUGCAGAAAUAAUGCAACUUCAUCAUUCUAAGCAUCAUGCAGCAUAUGUGAAUAAUCUGAAUAUUGCUGAAGAGAAACUUGCGGAAGCUACAGCUAAAGGGGAUACUGCCACUGCAAUUUCUCUUGGACCUGCUUUAAAAUUUAAUGGAGGUGGCCAUAUAAAUCAUUCAAUAUUUUGGAACAAUUUAUCACCUAAGGGUGGUGAACCUCAAGGUGAUUUAUUAGAAGCUAUAAAAAAAGAUUUCAAAAGCUUAGAAAAUUUACAAAACCUUUUGAGUACUGCUGCUGUUGGUGUUCAAGGUUCUGGCUGGGCUUGGUUGGGAUUUCAUCCAGUGUCUAGAACUUUACAAAUUGCAACAUGUGCAAAUCAAGAUCCUCUGCAACCUACCACAGGCCUUAUACCAUUGUUUGGAAUUGAUGUGUGGGAGCAUGCAUAUUAUUUGCAAUAUAAGAAUGUAAGACCAGAUUAUGUAAAAGCAAUAUGGAAAGUAGCAAAUUGGAAGGACAUAGGAGACAGAUUUUCAAAAGCAAAAAGUUCAUCUGCCUGAAGUUUAAUAAAUUCAGUUUUAUAGGAGUUAUAUAUUUUAUCAAAUUUGUUGUCACUCUAGCUCUGUAAAUAUUAUAAGUAUAGUUAUUUUCAAAGAGUAUUAGUAAUGGUCUUUUUGUGUGUGUACAAAAGGAAUUAAAACAUUCUUAAAUGAAAAA